AUGGCCGACUGCAACGACUGUCUUACGUUUUUAAACGAACCGACCGACGUCGAUACUAGAGCUUCUUUUCCUAGCUGCUCGAGGGCAGAAUUGCACGAAGCGGGUUAUGAGCCAACAGUAUGUCCCGAUCCAAACUAUCCAAUAGACGACAAAGGCUACUACAAGGACCCUUACCCACAGAAACAGACAGCGCCAACAGCACCAGAAUGUCAAACGGCUCCUAUUAACCAAGAAGUCAGGGUUAUUUAUUUGAAACCACCACCUCCUGAACCAUCAGGACUACUCACCGUCAUUGAAAAGCGUCCACGCCAACCUUCUCCUCCACCUCGAAAAAAAAUUUGGUGUCCUCCACAAAUUCCUCAAAAACCCCCACCAAUUAUUUUACGUGGGCCAGUGCCCGAACCACCACCACCACUUCCAUCUCACAUCUGUGAAGUUCCAGUGCCUGCUCUGAAGCCUCCACCUCAAUCGGUCGAGAGGCAUAUUUGUGCAUAUCCCACACCGCCUCCUGACAUCAUCGUUGAGCGAUGGCUACCUUAUGGACCUCGACCUCCACGGCCAAUUAAGGUAAUACGAGCUCCUUGUCCUCAUCCACGAGAACCACUGCACAAUAUUUGCGUCAUACAUGAUGCUUCAGACGUGCGCAUUAAGCACGUAAUCCCAGAGCCCGAAGUUAGGUCGCACGAUCCAAAUGAGUAUAUUCGAGAGCAUGGUCCUACAUUACGUGACAUGGAAAGUUUACGUGAAGAACUCUUCGGCCUGCUACAUAAUACGAAUGCUAGUGAAGAAACUUUACGACGUGUUGCCGCUGUUGUUCUGACACCAAACCCCCGCACUUAG